AUGUCUGAUUCACAAGUCAAAUCAACGAGUUUGAGACCCAAUCGUCGUCGUCCUCGAGGUCUUGCUGCUUGUAGUCGGUGCAAGAGCCGCAAGCAGCGCUGCGAUAAUGGAUUUCCAGCGUGCUCAAAUUGCAGCGAUGCAGGAGAGAAAUGCUCCUACGGUGCCAAUCAAUCGUAUCCAGCCGAGUAUGUCAAGUCACUCGAGCGUCAAAUCGCAAGGUUACAGGCCGAGGUAGCUUCGCCGCGGUCAAGCGUCGCCAGUCCAACAAGCAGUUCCUCUAUCCAACAGCAACAGAUGCUACCCAAGGUCGUCACUCAACCCAACAUCAAUGAGCCAGCAAACGCUAGCGAAACAGCUGUUUCUGACCUGGAAGCUAGCGCUGGGAUUGUUGCUCCAUGCCCAGAUUCUUUCCUGGGAACCUCAAGCGGCUAUCCUCUUACGAAGCUACUGAGAUUAGCAUUACCCCCAGUCGAUGCACACCAAAGCGACCAGGCAGCAGAUCUUCACCAAUUGAAUACCGCAACAAGCUCUUCAAUAAGCAUGCACGACAACGUCGGGCAGCAGACUGGGGACGAUCAAGUCUCUGGCGGCUCAGAUUUGCCCAGCAAGGAAGUCGGCGAUAAACUCAUCGAAGCGUACUAUGCGAGGGUACAUCCUAAGCACCCCUUCCUGUCUCGUAAAAGAGUUCAAUUGUUACACCAGGCUAGGAACGAGCUGAUACCAGCGCAUAAAGCUGUGCGUUCAGAGGAUAUCCGGAAUAAAUGUGACUAUGCGACAUUGCAACUGGUUUAUGCCAUUGGAGCACGUUACUUGCAGCUGAGCAAUGAUGAUGAUCAUUCAUCUCCAACGCGACAUUAUGCCUGUGCAAUGGCAGAUGCAGACUUUGUAUUCGCGACAGGUAGUCUCGAGAGCUUGGAAACAAUGCUUCUUCUCACUAUCUACCAAUUGAGGUCAUCAACCGGGCCUGGUGUUUGGUGGAUGACCGAAACAACAAUGAGGUACUGCAUCGAUAACGGCCUUCACCGGCAAACCACUAACCUCCCUCCAUACCUCGAUGAGAGGCGAAAACGCAUCUUUUGGACGACAUACAUGUUGGAGAGAUCAGUUGCCCGGACUAUGGGUCGACCUCACUCUAUUGCUGAUAGAGACAUUGACGUCCCGCUCCCAGCCAACGUUGACGACGAACUGGAUACUGACGAAACCAUCGUCACGGCCAUCGCUGAAUCGGAUCAAAACCCUUCGCGGAUUACCGCUCUUACGCCUGCCAUUCACAUCUUCAGGCUACAAAAAAUUGAUUCCAGGAUUUCACAUACGGUUUGUCGUGUGGACAAGGAUGUUUCGGCGAUAAAACCACACAAGGUGGCUCGUCUUCGAGAGGCUUUGGAAGAGUGGAAGGCCGGUAUUCCUCAAACUGGACCUGAGAAUACGCCGCAUCCUUACCUCACAACGGACUAUCACAUGAUACAAUACCACAAAGCCAUCAUUUUGCUUAAUCUUCCCUUCUUACCCACCCUCACCCCGCGGACCCCGACGUUUCACGAGAUCGUUCACUCCGCGGGACAGAUUUGCAUCUUGUCUAAACGCCUCCAUGACCAGCAGACGUACAUUUCCUUCUCGUUACUUUCAUUACAUGCCAACUUUGUCGCCGGCUUGGUUAUGGUGUACUGUUUCUGCCUUGACUCGUCCAUCUUUAGUCCCAAGUUUAGCAGAAGCGUGCGAGCGUGCAGCACAAUGCUGUACAUCAUCUCAGAGCGAUGGCCGAGAGCAGUGCAGGCACGCAAGGCGUUCGAUCAUCUUGUCGCUGCUACGAUAGAAUGCGACGGAGAAGCAACGACUGGACCGUUGAGAUCUGAAGAUAGCUUGCUGCCUACAUCACAGGACGGUCUUCAGCCUGGCUUUGGGGUGGGCGAGGCUGGUAAUCCAGAGGCGUGGAGUAAUUUUGAGACGAUACUCGGGGAUUACCAGAUCGAUUUGGGAACUUGGAUGCACGAUAGUAUUUCCGACAUGAUAGGCACUUUUCAGCCAAUGGAUUGUUUACAGUAA